AUGGCUUUAUUUCGUAGGGCCAAAUUUUUAUUCAAAUAUUCUAUCUCGCCACAUUCUUUUGUGGUUAAAAAUAUUCCAAGAAAUGGAAUUAACUAUAAUGUUAUCAAGCUUGGAACGGUAGUUACCACAAUAAAUUUUCCAGCUUGGCUUGAUGGAUUAGGAAUAAAACCUUUAGCACCACUUUUCAAAGGUAAAUCAUGGGAAGAAAUUGCCAGUUAUUCAAUAAGAGAUAUUGAAGUUAUGGGAGUAGUUCAUAGAGAAUUAAUAAAAAGACUAAAUAGACAUCUCAUGAAAGCCAAAAAUGAUACGCCCAUACUGGAGCGAACAGUUUCUGAUGAUGGAAAUAUUUCAAAAAUUACUGAUGCUAAAUAUAAUGUAAAAGAAGGACGUAAAGCCUUGGUGAAAUUAGGUAUUGACAAACCGAAUAUGUUGAUUCAAGCUUUUCGCCUUGACGCAAAUCCUUUGGUAAAUUUUCCUGCUUGGCUUGAAGGUUUAGGAUUGAAACCUUUAGCAUCACGUUUCAAGAGUAUGAUAUGGAAAGAUAUUAUUAAAUUAAGAUCGGAAGAGUUAGAAGGAUUAGGUAUUUAUAAUACCAAUAUUAGAAGAAGAUUAAUUAAACAUUUUUUGAGGGCACAAAGAGAUUUGGCUGUAGCAAAUGGACAAGUUUUACCAGUAGAAAAGAUCAAAGAAUUUCCCAAAAUGGAAGAUAUUAUUCAAGCUCCGAUUGAUUUUAAGAUUUUAGAAGAUGUACCUUGUUGGUUACAUUCAAUUCGUGAUGAAUUUGGAAAAUUUGCACCAUUCUUUGAAGGAAAAAAUUGGAAGGAAAUAAUCAAUCUUUCUAAAAAUGAGUUAAAAGAAAUGGGUAUUUUUGAUUUUGAAAUUAGGAAUACUUUACAUAAAGGAUUGGAAUUGCAGAAACAAGCAUUCGUUGCUCAAUCCAAUUCUAUUUAA